AUGAGUAGAGAUAAGGAUACAGUUCAUGCCGAUGCACGGCGCUUCCUUGAUGAGCGUGGCUCUAACGUUUCGGUCGCGCCAAACGGCCUCAACCCCGCGACUAUCAUGGAAAAGGCCGUCAGGGAUCGCAUCGUCGACUCGAUAUACUACAAAAUGCAAUGCUUUGCGUGCAACGAAGCCGAUAUUGUCGAUCGCGUUGUCGAGGACGUGAAGUUUAUUGGAGGUACAUAUGGCACCACACAAGUACCCAGUCCGUUUUUGUGCCUCGCCUUCAAGCUUCUUGAGCUUUCGCCUAGCGACGCGGUACUGCUGGAAUAUCUCAAAUUCGGCGGUGAAGCCUUCAAAUAUCUGCGUGCACUCGCGUGUUUCUACUUCCGACUCACACGACAAGCGAAGGACGUUUACGAGAUGCUGGAACCGUUCCUCGAGGAUAGGCGCAAAUUGAGACGGAGAGGAAGGGAAGGCGUAAAGUUGUCAUACGUGGACGAAUUCGUAGACGACCUCUUGACAAAGGAGCGUGUAUGCGGUACGAGUCUGUGGAAAAUGCCAAAGAGAGAGGUUCUGGAGGACCUGGAGAUUCUGGAACCAAGGGUCAGCCCUCUUGGCGACCUUGAGGAUCUUCUCGAGGAGGAGGAGGAUGAAGCAGAGAAAGAGAAUAGAACGAGGGAAGAAUCCGGUGAAACCUCAGAAGGAGAUGUAAUGGAGGUUGACCGCGACGAGAGAAGGAGAAGUCCGAGUCGAAGCCGUAGCCGCAGUCGAAGUCGUUCACCUUGA